AUGGCUGCAAACCAGGGCCAAGAGGCGAUGCGACGUAUCCUGCAAAACUCGCGAGGAGCCGGAUUGGGAAUCGGAUUUCUGGCUGCUGCCGGAGCGGCCGCCUAUGGAAUCUCCCAAUCGUUGUUCACAGUUGAGGCCGGUCACCGCGCGAUCAUGUUCAACCGAAUUGGCGGAGUGGGCAAUGAGAUCUACAAAGAGGGUCUUCACUUCCGAGCUCCCUGGUUCCAAUAUCCGAUCAUUUAUGACAUUCGAGCACGACCAAAUCAGGUUCGCUCACCAACCGGCUCCAAGGACUUACAGAUGGUGAACAUCGGUCUUCGUGUGCUCUCGCGACCCGAUCCGAAUCAUUUGCAGAAGAUCUACCGAACGCUUGGACAAAAUUGGGAAGAACGCGUCCUCCCGUCAAUUUGCAAUGAGGUGUUGAAAUCGGUGGUCGCCAAGUUCAACGCUUCCCAAUUGAUCACUCAACGUCAACAAGUGUCACUGCUAAUCAGAAAGCGACUGAUCGAACGAGCUCUCGACUUCAAUAUCAUUCUUGAUGACGUCUCUUUGACCGAGCUCGCCUUCUCGCCUCAAUACGCGGCUGCUGUUGAAGCUAAACAGGUAGCCGCUCAAGAGGCUCAACGUGCUUCGUUCUUGGUCGAUAGAGCCAAACAAAACAGACAAGAGAAGAUUGUGCAAGCUGAGGGAGAGGCACAAUCGGCUAAAUUGCUUGGAGAGGCUUUGCGUGGAGAUCCGGGCUAUUUGAAGCUGAGAAAGAUUAGAGCCGCACAGCAAAUCUCGAAAACCGUUUCGGAGGGAGCAAAUAAUAAGAUAUAUCUCCCAUCGGGAGGUCUUUUGUUGAACAUUGCCGACGAGGAAUACUUUGACAUGGCCAGCGAUAAGAAAAAGCGCAAU